AUGUCUCCCACCAAGCCGCAGCACAUCAGCGGUGAGUUCGUGAUCACCGACGACGACAACGUUGCGAACGCGUCGAGGUUCAAGUUCGAGCCCGGCUCCGAGCCGGCUCUCGAGCACCUCGAGGCUCUCAUGGACAGAUUCCAGGAGCACGAGAAGGCUCUGGGACGAGUCCAUGAGGGCCAGGAGGCGGUGCUUCGGGUCCAUCUCUUUGUCCCAUCAUCCUUGAGACUCUUGUCUUUGCAACUCACAUCACCCAGCCCAGAGACCAUUUCUUUUCGUCCGAUCUCACUCAGGGCCUUCCUUUCGUCCCAUCUCCAACAAUACCCUACUCCUCCAGCCAUGUGGCCCGGUGGGCUACAUAUCCUACCUUCCAGAGCCUCUUGCCCAUCUACAAAUUUCUUCGCCUCUCGUGAACGGGCCCCAAUGAAGCGCUCCUUCGACAAGGUGGACGAGAUCCCCAAAUACGAGGGUGUCCGUCCCAAAGCCCUCGUGUUCGACGCCAGCGCCAUUCUCGAGAACCGCACUGGCAUCUGCCACGCCAUGCACAAGGUCUUCCAGAAGGUCUUUCCCACCCACCCGAUGCCCACCCAAGACGAGAUCAUGGAGGCGUACUCCUACAGCGGUGCCUGGCCUGACAUGCUCGCCCACCUCGGCAUCCCCAAGAAAGAGUACCGCGCCAAGCAAAAGGCUUCCGAGGAGGCCUACAUGAAAGCCUACGGCAAAGCCAACGCCGUCGAGCAGCUUGCCUAUUUCAGCGACUCAGUCCGUGUUCUCCGCGCCGCCAAGGAGGAGGGCUUCGUCCUCGUUCUCUACAGUGACAACAGCCCCUUGAUAGUCGAUGCCCUGCUCCGGUUGGGAACCGUCGACAUCUUUGACAUCUACAUCGACAAUGAAAACGCCUGGAUCAGCCGCGGUGUCACAGCUCCGCCCCGUCCCAUCGAGACCAAGGACAUUAUCGAGGCGUAUGAUGAGUACCUCAAGGACAAGGGACUCAAAGUGGAGGGUAAGCCAUUCCGAUUUCCUUUUUCUCCCCUUCAGCGGCCAACUGAAUUCCCGCACACAGGAGACGACAGCAACAAACUCAAGCGCGAAGAGAUGAUGUUGAUCGAGGGCACCAUCAAGCAGCUCGAAUCCCAUCGUGAGAAGGGAGAGAAUUCCGAGACGUGGAAUUACCCUCUCGUGUACGUCGCCCGCACCGAGGCCGAGAUCAGCGUCGAGCAGGAAUCUUGGUGCGCUUUGAUGGUGGAGGAUUUGGACGAGUUUGGCUACGCCGUGUUUGGUCUUGCUCUUCCCGAGACUGCUCCGGCUCGUCCAGUUGCACCCGGUCGUGCCACGGACAAAGUUGUCGAUCUGGUCGAGAAGGAGGUGGUUGAGGUUGAGGAUGGGGAGAAGGAUGCCGGCGAGCAGCAGAGCAAGGAUGCUGCUGAUGAGUAG